CAGGAGGAGCCUUGUCUGAAGAACCCUACUUCGUUGAACCCAUACAAAACGUCACCAUUGCUGCAGGAAGGGACGUGAAGCUCUCCUGCGUGGUGGACAACCUCGGCACGUACAAGGUGGCGUGGAUCGCCUUCGACAAGUCAGCCAUCCUGACGGUGCAGGACAGCGUGAUCACCCGGAACCCGCGUGUCAAUGUCUCCCACGACGGCCAACGCACCUGGACGCUGCACCUGUCGAAGGUCAACGCCUCUGACGCCGGAACCUACAUGUGUCAGGUCAAUACUAUCGUCGCCAAGAGCCAGUUCGGAGUGCUGAACGUUGUGGUCCCUCCAAACAUCGUCGACAGCCAGAGCUCCGGAGACAUGAUGGUGCAAGAAGGUGCCAACAUCAACCUCACCUGCAGUGCCACGGGGACACCGAUGCCCUCCAUUACCUGGCGGAGAGAAGACCAUGAGCCAAUCACCAUUAACAAGACGUUGCGAGUGACGGAAUAUAACGGAGCCAACCUUCCGCUGACGAAAAUCAGUAGAGUGGACAUGGCUGCUUACCUCUGCAUAGCUCGCAACGGCGUCCCUCCCAUUGUCAGCAAGAGAAUCCAAGUCAGCGUAGAUUUUCCACCCAUGAUGAGUAUCCCGCACCAGCUUGUAGGCGCCCCCUUGGGUUACAGCAUCACCCUCGAAUGCACUAUCGAGGCUCACCCCCCCGCCCUCACCUACUGGACGAGGGGCCAGGAUGUCAUGCUUCACCCUAGUCGCAAGUACAGCAUCGAAGAGAGGUUUGGGAAGGUGUCAUACUGCACGCAUAUGAAGCUCACCAUAAGGAGUUUGAAGGCAGAAGAUUUUGGCUCUUACAAGUGCGUCGCCAAGAAUUCACGCGGCGAAACGGAGGGACUCAUAAAACUCUACGAGACGGACCCCCCCACACCCGCGCCCACGAACCCUCCUUCGUACAUCGAAAAACUGUUUAAAGACAUCCACCACAAGACGACGAACAGCGUGGCGGGCAAGGGUGAAGACGGGAAACUCUACCUGGAGAACCACUUCGAAGAGGGGGCCAGAGGCGCUGACGGGGACCUGGGCGAUGAGGACGACCUCUUCGGCGCCCACGACCACCUCGAGUACGACAACGAGCUCUCUGAA